GAACAAUGGCCUUCCUCUGGAUCCUGUCUUGCCUCGCCUUCGUCGGCGCCGCCUACGGCUGCGGCUCUCCCGCCAUCCCUCCCGUCAUCAGCGGAUACUCUCGUAUCGUGAACGGUGAGGAGGCGGUGCCCCACUCCUGGCCCUGGCAGGUGUCCCUGCAGGAUUACACCGGAUUCCACUUCUGUGGAGGUUCCCUCAUCAACGAGAACUGGGUGGUGACCGCCGCCCACUGCAACGUCAGGACAUCCCACCGCGUGAUCCUCGGAGAGCACGACCGCUCUUCCAACCAGGAGACCAUCCAGACCAUGACGGUCGGAAAGGUGUUCAAGCACCCCAGGUACAACGGCUACACCAUCAACAACGACAUCCUGCUCAUCAAGCUGGCCAGACCCGCCCAGAUGAACACCCGUGUUUCCCCCGUGUGCGUGGCCGAGACCAGCGACAACUUCCCCGGAGGCAUGCGCUGCGUCACCUCUGGCUGGGGUCUGACCCGCUACAACGCCCCUGACACCCCCGCCCUGCUGCAGCAGGCCUCCCUGCCCCUCCUGAGCAACGACAACUGCCGCCGUUACUGGGGCAGCAGGAUUAGCGACCUGAUGAUCUGUGCCGGUGCUGACGGCGCCUCCUCCUGCAUGGGCGACUCUGGCGGUCCUCUGGUCUGCGAGAAGGCCGGAGCCUGGACCCUGGUGGGUAUCGUGUCCUGGGGCAGUGGAACCUGCACCCCCACCAUGCCCGGCGUGUACGCCCGUGUGACCGAGCUGCGUGCCUGGAUGGACCAGACCAUCGCCGCCAACUAAGCGCGUUCCAGUUUGAAUAGGAUCUUUAAUAAAAACAUAGAACCUUAAA